AUGAUACCUUUUCUUUUAGAACCACUCAGCGAAAAUUGUUCUCAAUCAAAUACAACUAAAAAAUUGAAACCAAAAAAGAAACCCUCAACACCAAUAUUAACUUCCGAUUCCGAUGCAAUAUCAACAAAAAAACUUCCAAAAAAACCGAAACUUCAAACUCCUACGAUUCCUUUAAAAGAAAUCGUUUGUAAUUACAUUCAAUCAAAUUCAAUGUUACAUGCUCGUAUACUUUGUUAUGAACCGAUCGAUUUCGAAGAAUUUCAUAAACAAAUAAAAACAGAUCUUAAUCUUAAAAUAACAUCUAAAGAAUUAAUGCAUUGUCUUGAUGAUCAAUGUAUUACAUUUACAUUACGUUCAAGAAAAGGCGCUUUUACCAGUGUAAUGAGAGCUAAACGACGACACAAAUAA